AAAAGUGGAUGACAGCAAGAGCAAGUGACCAUUUUUCUAAUGUAAAUAUUAUUUUAAGUGGGGAAGGGUAGCUACACGCUGUUCGGGGAAGUUGGGACGACGGCUCACAACAGGAUGGACCAAACAAAACGUGAUAAGCUGUCUGAAUUAGUGGAGGAGCUAACCACUUCUGGCGAACCUCAGCUAAAUGAAGGGAAAAUGAAGGAAGUUAAGAAGAUAUGCAAAACCUCCAAUGAAUACAUUGAGCAUUUCUACCACCUGAUUAUGACUCAGCUGAACCAGGAACAUGCGGAAAUCCGACUGUCUGCCUUCCAGAUGGCCAGCGAGCUCUUCAGUCGUUCACAUCACUUCCGAGUUCUCCUGGUCACCAACCUCCAAGAGUUCCUUGAACUUACUGUGGAGACAGAUAUAGAACAGCCACUGCCCCCACCAAAAGAAGUGGCUCGAAAACUAAAGUCUCUGGCCAUACAGACUGUGCAGUCCUGGUAUGCAACCUAUGGAGAGGCCUACAAGAAGUUAUCAUUGGGCUACAACUUCCUCAAGCAAGUGAAAAAGGUAGAUUUUCAUGAUGUCGAAGCGAGAACACUUGCUGAGAGAAAGAGACAGGAGGAGAAACAGAAAAGACUGGAGAGAAUUUACAAAGAGAAAUUGGAAAAAGCUAAACAGGAGAUGGAAGAAAUGGUUCCUGAGAUUGAACGGUGCCUUACAGAGAUGAACAACUGCUUGACUCUUGUUCUACCUGAUGACUUUAACUUUUGUUCCUUGGACCCUCCGCCAGCCAAUCAGGAAGCAGUCUCCACUCCUUUUUUUCAAGAUAGGAGGAACAGUUCCGGCAGUUGUGAUAAUGAACAGCCCUGCUGUAGUAAAGAGCUGACCAAUAACAGGGAUGAUAAGAUGGCAGAGGUGAAAGAAGGUGAAGAAGAAACUAAAGCAGAAGAGGAAGCGGAGGAGGAGUCCAGUGAAGAGGAAAGUGAAACGGAGGAGGUUCUAGACGAGGACUCGUUUAUACGUAGCACUGGCCUGAUAUCUCAUAAUUAUCACCUGGAUCUCGAUAUCUCCCUAGACUUAAAGUUGAAGGAGACUGAAGAGAAUGAGGCAGUGAUGAACAACCUUAAGGAUCUCCACAGACUCAUCAGCACUAACCACAUCACUGCUGUCCAGAGCUGGAUUCAGAUUUUCACUAAGGUGGGUGUAGAAGAAGAGCUGUUGAGACGAGCUAUUGACCUAAAGAAAUCUCUGCAGAGCGCCUUGCAGAAGCAUGAGGACAUGCACAUUGACUACAAACACAGAGAUAGGAGAGUGAUGAAGGUCUCAGAGGAUGGAGAGGAGGAUGACGAAGACUUUGAGGAAGUACCUGAGAAGGAGGGUUUUGAGCCGCACAUUCCAGACCAUCUCAGGGCAGAGUAUGGUCUCGAUCCACUUCCAUCUACAUCAACCUCUGCGGUUGGCCCAAACCCGGUUAAGCCCGUGGUGAAACCCCCUACCCUACCUUCGGCUCCGACAGUUUCACGGCUGAAGAGAAGGAUGCUCGAUGAAGAGCAGGACCCCACCUGUGCAGCUGCCACCUUGCGUGUCCUCAAACAGAGAAUGUGCUCUGAGGGGUCUCUGAGUGAAUCAGGGGAUCCGGCUCUGUCCGGGGACAGCGGCAGUAAGGACAGCAAGAAGAAUCAGGAAGCCCCUGUCAUUCCAUUUGGCCUGGAUAUCUACUACUGGGGCCAGGAGCAGCCCACUGCCGGCAAGAUUAUCAAGUACUCCUCUCAGCAUCAGUUUUGGGUGCCUAAUGAAGUUGAGGAGGAGGUAGAAAACAAAGAGCUCUCUGCUCAGAUGAAGUCCAGGUACAUUACGUUUGCUGGCCGCUUUCAGCCUGUACAGCAUAAGUGCAGGGCCCCAAUGCCCAACGGCUCUUUAUGUGAACGGCAAGACAGAGUCAAGUGCCCGUUCCACGGGCCUAUUAUUCCUCGGGAUGAGCUGGGCAGGCCCACGAACCCAGAGGACGCAGCUCGUCUGGAGAGGGAGGAGUGGAAACGCAGGGAAGAGCAGCCUGACUGGCGCGACCCAGAGCUAAUGAGGGACAUUGAAGCUGCCACUGGAGAGGACCUGGGCUCCUCUAGAAAGUUUGGUAAAGGAAACAAAGGAAAAGGCAAAAAAAAGAAGUACCCCAACCUCACUGACCUGAAGCAGAAGGCCAACACUGCACACUCCAGGUUAGAAAAGAAGGUCUUCAACAAGAGUUCCAUGAGACGUGUUGCAGAAGUCUUGAAUAAAAUGGACAAAAGGAAGCAUGAGAAAUUUUCAAACCAAUUUAACUAUGCCCUGAAAUAAAAUGAAACCUCAUUGCCAUCUACCAAUUAAAAUGUAAAUUGUAGAGCAGACGAAGUCCUCCUCAGGAAGUGCUCAGCAACAUGUAAAGGUGCCUUUGACGGAAUUUCCUCACAACUUUGAAUACAACAUUUUUUAUUUAAUUUGCUUUUUUUUGUAUUCCGGUAUUUAUAAUAAUGAUACUAGAGCUAUGCUAAUUUAUGACCUUCUUAUAUUUGAUAAAUUUAUAUGACAUAUGAUUUUCAAAUGAUCUGUUUUGUGUAAGGUAACUGAAUGAUAUUUUUAAGGUCUAAUUUGUACAGUGUAGAUGUCUUAACUAUCGUUCUUGUAUGUAUAGAUUAGGUAUACCCAAGGUUUCUUAAAUCUGUGUUAUUUUUAUUGAUCUGUCAGUCAUAAAUUUGUAUUGUUUGUGGUGUAAGAAAAUAUCAUUUUACAUCCAUUGUGUUUUGUUCCUUUUAUUUCACCAUUGUCUAGUAAUACUAAGUACAAAUGCAUUAAAUUGUAGUGGUUCUAUUGAUAGAAUACUUAUAAUUGUUGGAAUUGUAUGCACUGGCUUGCAUGCUCUCACAGAUGAUUGUUAAAAACUGCAUUGUAGUCAUUAUUAGCCUGUGAGUGUGAACAGACUGUAGGUUUUUUUGGUGGUGUUGUUG